AUGUCGGACGAUUCGCGAUCAGACCACGCGCUAUCGGAGACGCUGUCCGCACGAUCUUAUCUGGAGCUAGCGCAAAACCACAUUCAACCCGAAAUAGUCAACUCGCAAAGCCAUGAUACCCCUGACUCGGUCGUUUCGGAGGACCCGAUCGAGCCCGAGGGUAACUCGGGCCCGCGCUUACGAGUCCGCGCGAAACGGCCAUCCCUAAAGGAAGCGAAGGAAGCAAAUGAAUCGGAGAAGCCCGAAACGUCCGAGAUCAGAGACCCGCCCGUGGAGCGCCCGAUGCGUAAACGAGGCCGCCCUAGACUGGAAACUACCAAAGAUGCUGCUGCGAUCGAGGGACGGCGAUUGCAGAUCCGUCGCGCACAGCGUACGUAUCGACAAAAGAAAGAGGCGACUAUCCAGGGGCUCAAAACCCGUGUAGAUGUUCUUGAACAGACUUUGCAGAAUGUUGCAGAUAUUUUAGGUGCCGAACAAGAGACCCACGCUCUUACUACAGUUGGGUCGCAAGGCGACAGCCUCACUCGCGCCAGACAAUUAGUGAUGGCGGAAAUCCACAAGACCCGCUCAAUCUCUGGGGAGCAUUCCCAGCCCGAUCGCAGCUUGGCGAGUCUUCGCGAUAUAUUCGGGUAUCACGUCUCGCGUACUGGAAGAAACACCGAAAACGUCAACACGAAUCAAUAUGACAAGACAAACUCACGAUAUACACGCCCAUAUGCACGAUCACCAUCUCCCCUGCUCAACCGUCUUUUCCCUCCAACAACCAUCUACACCUACAGCCAUCAAGAAUCUAACCUCUCCAGACGCCUCCAGCGCUUCUGUUUGGAACAUACAUACCGCUGGCUAACAGACCCACAUGCCGACCCCAGCCUUAUGAGCCGAAUAUUCGGACUAAUGCCAUGCAUUCAAGACAUGCCGGGAGUACGACGCAGCAUCCGGCGAACCUUGCAAAGCGAGAUUGGCGGUUCGCUCGAAGCCAAUAAAAUGCCGUUCUACUCACUCGGUGGUGCGGGUACACACUAUCCACGCAUUGGAGCGGAUGGUCGGCCAGUUUACCCCGUGAACUUUCGGCGACCUGGCAAGAUCCUUCGACGAUUAAGUCGGAUCUUACGGCGUGGUGGGAUCCAAGACUGGGAUGAAGAUUGGAGUGGGGAUGCGGAGCCGGAUCUGCAAGAUGCGAUCGGGUUAACAGAGAGGGCGAUGAACGAUAAGGAUCGUUUACGUUCACUUGAUCUGGAGGGUGAAUGGUACGAUUGUCACGAUGUGCAAGGAUAUCUGGAAUCCCAUGGGGUUAUGCUAGAUGGCUCGUCACUGUGGCUGGAGGUCCCAGCCACUACAGUCGGUGUUCUAUAUGGGUUCUCGCCGGAAGGAUUGACGUCUCAUUAUUACAUGUCCUCUGAAGGCACCUCGCCAAUUGACAUGAACGGAACUGAAUAUCUAAACCAAUCGACUUAUGUCCUAGACGUUGAAUGCUUCUUUGAUCGUGAGUCAGGCCCUCCGUCCAACUUCCCAAUGAUGCAUACGCUGACCGAGACAGUGCUUCUCGCCAAUUUCCGAAUCCUCGGCCGCGCUCCUGGAUUUAAAUUGUGGAACGUAGAUGCCGCUUUGCGGACGGCUAUCCACAGACGGCCGUUUACCUAA